UGAACGAGAAGAAGUCCAAUCGGUCCGAUCUUUUCUCGUUGGUUGACAAGGUCAUAAGCUCGUUGACGCCGCUGUUCUUCGUCGUAUCUACACGCUACGACAAGCCAGCACUUACGCUACGACUAGCUCAGCAGACAGGUUUAUUCGUUAUCUACACACACUGGCAAUGGCUGCUGCAAGUGAAGCGCCCCGCAAGCUCCGACGCGCCACCUAUGUAAAGGUUCAGGACCUCACACCAGGUUCGCAAGGCCACAAUUUAGUGCUGCAAGUGGUUUCUAUUGCCCCAACGGUAGAAAAGAAGCGUUACGACGGCACCAUCUCACGCAUUGCCGAGGCAGUGCUGGCGGACGAGACCGGAUGCGUCACGUUUACCGCUCGAAAUGACCAGAUUGACAUGCUGAAGGAAGGACUUGUAGUGGUGGUGCGCAACAGCAACGCCGACAUCUUCAACGGCUUCAUGCGACUCAAUGUGACCCAGUGGGGAAAACUAUCGCCGCAUCCGGACGGCGUGGCGUCCACGCCUCCACCUCCUCCCAGCAUCAACACGGACAACAACAUCUCCGCUGUUGAAUACGAGUUGGUCACGGUUGACGACGCCGAUGAAUGAGCGCUUCCCGAGAUCAGCGCAGUACCUAGCAGGGUUAGGAUCAGUGUAUCGGUGUAGUUGAGUACAAGGGCGCUAAACUCGAACACGCAGAGCUGCUCCACAUUUAUAAUAGGUGUUCACCUGGAAGUGGAAUGUAAUCCACCGCGUUUUGUGAAUUAUCAUUCGUGUGGCA